CACCAGGGAGCUGAACCACUUCUGUCUACUGUUCAAUACCCAGUUGGUCGCGUGAAUAGUCUGAAAUGGCCUUAUGUGACUCUAUGCUCGUCCCUGAGUUAGGGACGUUCGCCAAUCCCAUAUUGAUCGAAGAUGAACCUGAUCUGGCAAACUCGGCUUCUAAUCCCAACAUGAUCCAGGCUGAGGAGGAUUGGCUUCGCGAUGAGCCAGACAAUCUUGAUUCCGAUGCCGACACUGAGAUAAUGACUACCCCGGAAUUUUAUGGAUCUUUGACUGGUGGAAACAUUGCCUAUCCAGGGAAGCAUGACGCAGCCAUCAAUUCGUCCUCUAUCCAGGUGUCCAACAGACCGAUAGACUCUGGGGAUCUAGAGGGUCUUCAGUCAGUUGAACAGCUUCAGUUAGACCGCCAAACAUUGAAAGUCACUCAGAAUCUAGGUGAUGAUCCCUUUGGUGCUGCAGGGAGUGAGAGCGUUGCGAUUGACCACAAAGGAAGCGAGAGGAGUCCUAAGCAAGGAAAAGCUUCCAAGAUAGAGGAGCUAAAAGAGGACCUAAAUGUGACUGAUACUCUUUUGAUAACCCGCAACGGCGCUCCAGAAGAGAUGUCAAUAGCCAAAAAUUCCUCCGGGAAAAGUCUCUCAAUUAGUCCCUGUGACAUAGAAUCCACGACCCACAGGUUAUCGCAAGAAGCAACGGAUAACCUGAACCGAAUCAAGUGUUUAGGCAAAGCGGCAUUAACUGGGGAUUCUUCCAUGUCUACUGACAUCGGCGAUGAACUAGCCGAGAUACACAAUCACAUGGAGCACUGUCGAAGGACUGAUUGUUUACACGCUAAAGCUUUUUUUGAUGGAAUCCAGUCUCCCCAAAAUACAUUAUCAAGAAACUUGAAGAGGUCAAAACAAGCAAGAGUAGAAAACGAACAAGGCCGCGUGACCAUGCGGUUUUAUGCCCCGGCAUCGAAAAAGGGGGCUACUUGGCCGAAAACCUUUGUUGUCAACCGAGUGAUACUCCGAACAGACUUCUCAUCAGGUAUACCUUGCAGCCUAGAGAAUUUUCAGAAUGACGAUACUCUCCUCGGGCGAGGUGCUGUGGUCGUACGUCUAGACGGAGAAAACCCAAGUGUAUUUCUCACGUUCUCCCCUCUCGGCCCCCAAGAUAAUCACGGUGUUAAUUUCCAUGCAUCUCGCAAACGGUCUGAUGGAAUUGUGAUAUUUGAAUCCACCGGGGCACAACGCGAGCUGGGGGCCAAAUGGCGGCACGGCUUCACAGGGCGAAUCUACAUUGAACUCUAUAAGAACUGGCCCUUUUUAGCCUCAGAUUAUGAGGAACGAAAGGAGUUCUUUGGGAGUGUUGUUCUGAACUUUCAUUCGGACACGGUAGACUCAAAAGUCUUCCUCACCUUCUCCGCACUGUCUUCAGCUGAGCACAGUCCACAUUCACCUGCGACUGGUAACAGUUUACGUGCACCUUUGAUGACUAGCGAUACUAUCACCCAGGAAGUCACGGAAAAAGAUGGUUAUUCUAAGGGAAAACCACCACUUGACUCCGCUGCGGGACGUUUGAAACGCAAACUUUCAAACGACGGUUAUCAAUCUGAACCCAGGCGAUCGGCGAGAUUGGCCCAAAACAUAAGAUCCAGCAACGACAAUUACCCUUCUUUGCGCAAACUAUAAGUCUUAGCGUUGGCAGAAUACAUCGUUAGAGUUAUUUCGGCAAUCCAUCUGUCUAACAAUCGGCG